UUGGUGGUACCACACACACAAGGCUCUUCCUCCACACGUGAAGUGCUUGGUAAAUGUGUGGCCUGAGUUCACAUCGUCCCCCUUCACAUCCAGGAUUACUUAAACUUCUUUUUGUCCUAUGGUUAUUGCAAGGGAGACCAUGGCGUUAGUAGAGGAGGACGAGAUGAUCAGCGAGGAAUCAGAAGAUGAAAACAGCGAAUUAUCAGAUAGUAAACUCCAAGAAGCUUUUGCAAAAGGCUGGUUGAAACCUGGAAUGAACUUGCUGGUGGACAAAUCCAAAAAGUUCGUCAAUAAUGUGGAGGGUUUGAAACACUGUUUGAAAGACUUGAAGAAAGACCUUCCCUGGGUGGAGAGAUUGGACCUGACCAACCGACCAGUUGAUGAUGUCUUCGCUAACAUUGGAGGAAAAGUGCAAAGUGGCAACAACAGAGAAGUGGAUGCAGAUGAUGAUUUCCAAAGGGAAAUGUUCUUCUACCGUCAAGCUCAAGCAACAGUUCUUGAGGCAUUGCCCCUCUUGAACAAACACAACGUUUCCACCAAGAGACCCGAUGACUACUUUGCUGAGAUGGCCAAGUCGGAUCAGCACAUGCAGAAGAUCCGGAAGAAGCUGCUUUCAAAGCAGGCCAUGCUGGAGAAGUCGGAGAAGGCAAAGAAGAUCCGCGAGCAAAGGAAGUUUGGCAAAAAGGUCCAAAUAGAAGUGAUCCAGAAAAGACAGAAGGAGAAGAAGGCAAUGAUGUCUUCUGUUAAGAAAUAUCAGAAAGGAAUGACUGACAAGUUGGAUUUCUUGGAAGGAGACCAAAAGCCAGCAAGUAAAGAUGCAUCUCAGAGCUCCAAGAAGGCAUUGAACAACAAAGGACCCAGCGCCAAGAGGAAGUAUAAAGACCAGAAGUUUGGCUUUGGAGGCAAGAAGAGCGGAAAGAAGUGGAACACCAAAGAAAGUUACAACGAUGUCUCCAGUUUCAGAGCCAAAGUGGCUCACGGAAAGGAGGCAAAAGGAGGGAAGAAAGGCAAGGGAAGAAAACAAAAUAAACGUCCAGGCAAGUCUGCACGAAGGAAGAUGAAGUCUCGCUCAUGAAACCAGGUUAAGGAUGUUCGGUAGGACUUGAACUUUGCUUUUAGGGUGACUUUCCCACAGCUGGUCAACCUUCGUUCAACCUUGAAGACACACAGGAACAUUGACUUCCUUGUGAAGUUUUGGUGAAUCAUCUCUCAGUAAAAUGAAAAGAGUGCGUGGAUGGUUGAGGAUUUACAGAGCAAGAGAGGAAGACAUUCUGCUGUGUUGAGGCUGUUUCCAUCACGUGGUCGCCAAACUUUUUAUGGAUCAUUUGCACCAGUUAUGCAUUAUUGUGUUCCUGCAACCAAUUUUCAUAUUUUUGUCAAACUUUUUGGAUGGUUAGGCAACCUUUAUCUUUAUUAAAUGUCAUACUCAGACAUUUAUGUACCCAUUGUGCUAAUCUGAUGAUGUCAUUCACACAGUCUCCCUGCCCUGUCAUUAACUUUGUGUUAUUUUUGUGUUCAGCUUUGUUUUUGCCACGUCAGCUUGCUGAUUGUCUCCAACGUGACCUGGCAUUUUAAUAAUACUGAGCGUGUCACGUUUGCCCUUUGUUUUUCAUUAGCAUGUGAUGGCUAUAAUUGCUUUAUAUAGACCUUCCCAAUACAGUGCUUGUGUUUUUUUUCUCACCGGUUCAUACAUCAUGUCUUUUUCAUUCUGAGAUGGUUAAAAACCGUGUCGUCACUGCAUUGUGGGGAAUAACCAAUUAGGAUUUGAUUCUGUGAUUUCCAUAGCAAUUGUAAUUAAAGACAGAGACUCUGUUUGAA